AUGGGGAACGCACAAUCACUCACGCGCACCAGCGGCGCCCUCGACUUAUUUGUGGCUGAACUGGGUGGAGACGUAGUCUACGAGGGAAGCUUGGGUGUUGCACGCUUUCUGAAGACUGUGAAGUGUCGACACAAGAAUGGCUACCUUGUCGUCAAGAUAUUCAUCAAGCCUGACCCAGGGAUGAGCUUGCGGAAAUACCACCGCAGGCUGAAGAUUGAACGGGAGGCUCUGGUCGACAUUCCGAACGUCUACGGAUACCAAUCCUUUGUGGAGACUGACAAGGCGGGAUAUGUGGUCAGACAAUGGGUGGCGAGCAACCUUUACGACAGGAUUAGUACCCGUCCCUUCUUGAGCAUGGUGGAGAAGAAAUGGAUCGCCUUCCAGAUCCUGAACGGCCUCCGCGACGCGCGCAACCGCAAGGUCUCGCACGGGGACAUCAAGUCCGAAAACAUCCUCGUCACUUCGUGGAACUGGGUCUACGUCUCCGACUUCGCGUCCUACAAGCCGACGUACCUCCCCCUCGACGACCCUUCCGACUUCGCGUUCUACUUCGACACGUCUGGGCGCCGCUCAUGCUACAUCGCCCCCGAACGUUUCUACACCGCCAGCGAGAACCCGGAGAUCAGCGCGAAGAAGUCGAAACUCGCGCAGGAGGACGGUGAGGGGAAGCGGGACGGGAAGGUCACGGAGGCGAUGGACUGCUUCAGCGCGGGCUGCGUGCUAGCGGAGCUGUUCUUGGAGGGCAAGCCGCUCUUCACGCUGAGCGAGCUCUUCAAGUACCGAGAGGGGGAGCUGAAGGUUGAGCCGCAGCUGGCUGGGGUUGAGGAUGAUGGUGUCCAGAAUCUCAUCCUGCAAAUGAUAUCCAUUGACCCUUCGUCAAGACCUACCUUCGACACGCUCCUGCACACCUCACGAGGCACUGUCUUCCCCGAGUGCUUCUACUCCUUCCUCCACAACUACGUUUCCUCCGUCAACGAGGUCAAUAUCCCCUUCCUCUUCUCUACCGCCACUCCGACCACCGGAAUCCCGCCGGUCAUCGUUUCUGCACACAAAGCUUCCAAUGCAGGGGUCUCUUCCAAUAAUCCUCUGAACAGCGACUCCCCAAGUGAUCCAUUCCCUAGCGAUUCUGACCACCGGAUGGAGCGGAUAUGGGCCGACUACGAAAGUGUCGAGCCGUACAUUGUCAACGAAGCGGUAGAGGAGACGGUGAUGGACGUCAAGGUUGACUACACCCCUCAGUUCGUCGCCUCGAGACCGUUACACGACAUCCUCCCGAUCGAGCUGAAUAUCCCCAACCGCGAAAGCAAGCUCCACAGCGCCUGGUCUGCCGGGAAGCGGGCAGCGGCUGAAGACGGCCCUGCGCUGAUAAUCCUGGCCUUGAUUUGCGCGAACAUCCGAAAUUGUUACCUACCAAGCUCGAAGGUCCGCGCAUUGGACGUUUUCCUCGCGCUUUCCUCGCACCUCACGGACGAAGCCAAGCUCGACCGGAUGGUUCCUUACAUUGUCGACCUGCUGCACGACGACGCGGCGAUCGUGCGCGCAGCCGCGCUCCGCACGCUCAUGCAGGUUCUCAUGCUCGUCACCGUCAUCACCCCGUCCAAUGCUGCGAUAUUCCCGGAGUACAUCAUCCCUGCGAUCGCUCACCUUGUGCGAGAUCCCGACGUGCUCGUGCGGUGCAUGUAUGCGCAACUCGUCGUGCCGCUCGCGGAUACGGCAGUGCGGUACUUGGAGAUGGGCCAGGCACUCAAAGCGCACGGGACGUACAAGGUGUCCCCGGACACCCAGGAAUACGAUGAAGCGCAUUUCGAGGUGUCCUAUGAUGCGAGCAUGAACGACCUGCAGAACAACAUCCAAGAGCAUCUCGCAGCGCUCCUCGUGGACCAUUCCAGUGUGGUCAAGCGCGCCGUCCUCCACAACAUCUCGUCAUUGUGUAUCUUCCUAGGCAGGCAGCGGACGAACGACGUGCUCCUCAGCCACAUGAUCACGUAUCUGAACGACCGGGAUUGGAUGCUGCGCUAUACGUUUUUCGACAGCAUCAUCGAUGUCGCCGCGUGCACCGGAGGCCCCAGCGUGGAAGAGUACAUCCUUCCCCUCAUGAUUCAGGCGCUCUCAGACGUGGAGGAAACGGUGGUGGCGAAGGUGCUAUCAUCGCUCACGAACCUGUGCGAGCUGCAGCUAUUCCAGAAGAUGCGCAUCUGGGAACUCAUGAGUGCCACGCUCGGCUUCUUGUACCAUCCGAAUGUCUGGAUCCGGGAAGGUGCUGCGGCCUUUAUCGCGUCGGCGGCGAAGCAUCUUCCGCCGAGCGACGUGUGGUGCAUCCUGUACCCAUCCCUGAAGCAUUUCCUGCGCUCGGAUGUGCGGGAUGUGGACGAGAGGAACCUCCUUACAGCGAUGAAGCGUCCGUUGUCACGUCAAAUAUUCGACGCCGCAGUGCAGUGGGCGAUGAAGGCGGACAAGACGCAGUUCUGGAGAUCGGCUCGGACGACGAAGGUGGAGUCACCUCGGGAGAGCAUGGCCAGCGUGCGCCAGGCUGGGAGUGCGGCCGCGCGGGCGCGAUCGGAAGAGGACGAAGCGCAGCUCACGAAGCUGCAGCAGCUGGGCAUGACGUCCACGGAAGAGGCCAAGCUCAUGUCGAUGCGCGAUUACACGUUGAAGCUGGCGCGUGCGAUAUCCAGCUUCGCCUCCCGGGUCAGCGUCGAGGUCGAGUCAGAUGCGCUCAAAGUCACGAGCACGAUCGAGCUGCAGAAGCUGGGCGUCGUGCCGCAAACAGUGUUCCUGCGGACGCCCGAGUCAGACGGCCGGUCCACGCGCGUGUCCUCGCGUCUCAACGCCGAGCUCGGCCUGCGCUCUCCAGGGACCCCUCGCACGCACCGCACGCUCAGCAUCGACCACGGCCCUGCCUCGAGCGGUGCCCCCUUCGAGGACCUUAGGCGGCGACUGGCGAUCAUCAAUGGGUUUGCGACCAGCCUCGCUGUCCCAGGAUCGCGGGAACCGCGCAGCCCGCUACCACACCCCCUAUCCAUCGACACGACCGCAAUGGUACCGACGGUUCCUGAAGAGCUGCCGCAGGCCGUGGAACGACCGAGCAGUCCGGCGGAGUCAACGGUGUCCACCGCCAAUUCCUCCGCCUUCCGCGCGAUGCACCGGUUCCCCAUUGGCGGGGACGGACAGAAGGCGGCGCCGGCGGUCGGGUCCUCUAAAGCAAGCGCGAUCGGGGUGCUGGAGGCGCAUGCGCAGAUGCUCUCCGAGGGCUCGCAGUCACCGUCGGGGCGGUCCUCACCGGUGUCCGUCGCGGGUACUGUGCGCGGCGGGCAGGAUCGGCCGCGGUUGCCGUCAAUCGCCCCGAUUUCCAGCUACGACGGGCAGGAGCCCGGCAUCAGCAACCUCCUCGAACACCUCUACCUUGACAACAACCGCGACCUGCAGAACGACUUUGGCCCGCGCGUGCACGAGGGGCCCGUGCGACGACGGAACGCAGCGCGGCACAGCUUCCUCCCGCGGGACAGCACCGCGCGCAGGCUGGAAGUGUCGCUCGUCGCGCACUUCAACUCGCACGCGGAUGCGGUGACGGGGAUCGCGGUCGCGCCGGACCACAUGUUCUUCGUGUCCGCGUCGGACGACAAGACGGUGAAGGUGUGGGACACGGCGCGGCUGGAGCGCAACGUGACGAGCAAGCCGCGGCACACGUACAACCAGCACCACGCGCGCGUCAAAUGCGUGUGCAUGCUCGAGGGCGCGCAUUGCUUUGCGAGCGCGGCGGACGACGGGAGCCUCCACGUCGUGCGCGUGCAUGUUGCGCAGAGCGGGACGCUGCCCAAGUAUAGCAAGCUGCAGGUCGUGCGCGAGCAUCGGACGGACACGCCGGGAGAGUACAUCACGAGCAUGGUGCACUACUCUACUGAAACGGCGUCCAACCUGAUAUAUGCAACGACGCACUCCGUCAUCACUAUCCUCGAUCUCCGCACGAUGCGCCCCCUGCAGCGGAUGGAGAACGCGCGGCACCACGGGCCCAUCACCUGUAUCUGCCUUGACCGCAAGCGGACGUGGGUCAUUGUUGGAACCUCCACCGGCGUGCUCUCCCUCUGGGACAUCCGCUUCGGGAUCCUCGUCAAGAGCUGGCGCGUCGGCGUCGCGCUCAAGGGCCGCUUCGGGCGCGUGCACCAGUGCGUCGUCCACCCGACCAAGGGCAAAGGAAAGUGGGUCGUCGUCGCGGUCGAGACGCCCAAGGCGGCGUCGGACAUCGCCUCCCACACGCUCCUCGAGGUCUGGGACGUCGAGAAGUCGGCGCUCGUCGAAGCCUUCUCGACGCGCGCGGUCGUCAACCCGUCCGACGCUGCGGAAGAGCCGCGUGAGGUUGCCGUCGGGGAGGCGGAGGUCAGCCCCGCUGCGGCGAUCGCUGCGCUCGUGCGUGCGCGGCAGGAGGGCGGCGCUGCGGACGCGGCGAUGUUCGCCGAGGCGGCGAUGCCGCCGUUCCCGGAUGUGCGCGCCGUCGUGACCGGAUCCGAGUUCGGGGGGCACACGGUCGUGCACCGGUCGCACGUCGCAGACGUCGAGAGCAAGUCGGGUCGCUCGUCGGGACGCGGGUUCGUCAUCACUGGGUCCGAGGACUGCAAACUCCGCUACUGGGACCUCGGGCGGCCGGAGAAGUCCGUGAUCCUCAGCGGCGUAGAUGCGGAGGGUGAGAAGCCGACCUAUAGCUCGAUCCGUGCGCCUGGAGGCACCGCGUCUUCGCACAUCGAGACGUGGGUCACCGCGCAGGCUGGAAGCCAACACAGCCGUCCACCACAACGGCUGUCGCUCAUCAACCACAACCAGCAGAAUCUGCUCAAGGGCCACCAGGACACGAUUACCGCGCUCGCGUGCAUCGACUCGCCGUUCCGCGGCGGCCUGGUCAGUGGUGAUCGCGCAGGGGUAAUCAAGGUGUGGAGGGUGGAGGCGUUCGAGCAGUCGUGA